GCUGUCCAGGCGAACACAUGGUAAUUGGGAAAACACGUGCGUGCUGUGAAAAAGUGAUACUGAAUUUUCGAGGAUUCGACGUUAUUUGGUGAAUAAAGAAACAUCACAAUUGCUCAAUUAUAUAAAAAUGGGUGUUCACGACAACACUGAGUCCAAGUACAAUGUUCUGGGGAGCUCGAGUUUUUCUAAAUUAGCUCCGAAAAGGCUCGCUCCCAGCAUCGUCACUUUUCCUGGCGAAGGGUUUCACAACAAGAUUCAAAAACUCGAACAUUUUAGCGAUUUGCAAACGAAUAAUCACGAUAAGGCUAGCGUCAGUAUUCAACAACAAAGAAAAUCUCUUCCUGUUUACCGACUACGAAAAAGAUUACUGGAAGAGAUUCGGAAACACAACAGCCUGAUAGUGAUCGGAGAGACGGGAAGUGGAAAAACAACGCAAAUACCGCAGCUGCUGUUGGAAAAUGGAGUUGCAGGGACGUCAGGGUGUAUCGGUAUAACGCAGCCGCGUCGAGUCGCAGCGGUCAGCGUGGCUCGUAGAGUGGCACAGGAGCAGAGUUGUCCUGUAGGAAAACUGGUCGGUUACAGAGUCCGUUUCGAGGACGUAACGAGCGAGCAAACGAGAAUAAAAUAUUUGACAGACGGUAUGAUGGUUCGGGAGGCAAUGACCGAUGAAGUUCUUUCCGAUUAUUCCGUCGUUAUUUUGGACGAGGCUCACGAGAGAUCGGUCCAGACGGACGUUCUUCUCGGAGUUGCGAGGAGAGCCCAACGUUUGCGAAAACAGCAAAAUUUGACUGGCCUCAAGUUGAUCGUAAUGUCCGCUACGAUGGACGUUGACAAAUUCGUCAAAUACUUCGAGGCCCCUGUCAUUUAUCUCGAAGGACGGCAAUACCCCGUAAAAAUCUACAACUCGAUCAAAUCUCAAGACGAUUAUGCAUUCGCUGCUCUCGUAACUGCGUUUCGUAUUCAUCGGGAAACACCGCCAAACGAGGACAUUCUCGUAUUUUUAACCGGCCAAGAAGAGAUCGAAGCGACAGCAGCCGCAGCGAGACAAGUGGCGAAACAAUUAGAAGACAAGCACCACCCUCGAUUAAAAGUUUUUCCACUUUAUUCAGCUUUGCCAACUCACCAACAGUUGGAAGCUUUCAAAGCUUCUCCUCCGGGAAUGAGGAAGUUGGUUUUGUCGACCAACGUCGCUGAAACUUCCGUCACUAUCGGAGGCAUUCGUCACGUGAUUGACACAGGAGUGGUCAAAGCUCGAACCCACAAUCCUAUAACCGGCCUGGACAUAUUGCGAGUUGAGAAAAUCGCGAAAGCCCAAGCCUGGCAGCGAACGGGUCGAGCGGGUAGAGAAAACUCUGGGAAAUGUUACAGAACGUACACGAAGCAGGAUUUCGAAGCGAUGAAGGAAAUGCCGAUACCAGAAAUCCAAAGAUGUUCCCUCGCCAGCGUUGCUCUCCAAUUACUCGCCAUUGGAGUGAACGUUACAACUUUUGAUUUCAUGGACGAACCUCCCAAGGAAUCGGUGGCAGUUGCGAUCGCCUGUUUGGAAAAACUCGGCGCCGUCAAAGGAUCGCCACCGCAGUUGACCAGCCUCGGGAGAACCAUGUCACUCUUCCCUCUCGAUCCCCGAUUCACCAAAGUCCUUCUCGCUUCGGUCGAGCACAAAUGUCUGGAGGAAGCCUUGACGGUCAUAGCUCUGCUUUCCGGAGAAUCGAUUUUCACGGAGCCGCCGGCGAAACGGCAGCAAGCUCACGCCGCAAGGACGAGGUUCUCUUCCCCGGAAGGCGAUCACGUGACUCUUCUAAACGUUUAUCGAGCCUUUGCGGAAGCUCCGCAGAAGAAAUCGUGGUGCCACGAGAAUUAUCUUCAUUUUAGAAAUCUCGAAUACGGCGCCGAGGUCAGAAAACAAUUGGCCGGUUUGACAGAGCGAGCCCAAUUGGAGAAAUCUUCCUGUGGGAAUAACACCGAGUCUCUCAGACGAGCGCUACUCGAAGGACUUUCCGACAAUGUUGCCGAACUGCAACGUGAUCACAAUUACGUCACGAUGACUUCGAGAACGCCCGUUGCGAUUCAUCCAUCGUCGACUUUACACUCGUUGAGACCGCGUCUCGUACUCUUUACCGAAGUCGUUGCGACAGGACGUUGUUACAUCCGCGGUUUGUCAGUCAUUGAAAAUUCGUGGUUGACAAACCCAGGGAAGAAAUUCGUCGUGAAAACGAGGAAGGAGCCACGAGUUACGAAGUGGUGCACGAAGCGCUCGUCGGACCGGAGGAAAAGCCUCCGCAGGCGAGAUUCAUCCGAGACAGAUGCGUUUUACGAUUUCGGUGCGGAGACGCGGCGGCGUGACGCGAUGCGGGAUCGUUCGAACUUUCGUGAAAAAAUUGUCGCGAGGAAGAAGAAGAGAAAGAGGAGGAGGCGGAGGAGAUGGAGGAAGAAGAGAGAAGCCGGAAGUCGAGCCAACGAGACCGGUGACAACGACGGAAUUCUCGCAGGAGCGCUGCUCCUCGUCGAUUCGUUCGACGAGAGGCUCGAAGCUCCUGCUCCGCCGGCGGGCACCUUUGCAAUUCGAGAUAAAGACAAUUAUGAGAUUUGGCCGGAAAUCAGGGAUUUCUCGGGCGAUAGAGAAGUUGGUAAGGCGCCAGCGGGAAACGAGGUCGAGGAUAGUUCGGAGCUUCGAGAUCCCUCGAUCGAUGGAGGAGCGCCGGGUAACGGUGGCUCUCGGCGAUUACGAGAAGAAGCGAAUCCCCGGAGCCAGCAGCCGCCGGAGCUCGGGUCACUGCCGAUCGCCGCGAACCUCGGCCUUUCGAAAUCCGGGCUGGACGAACAGCCAUCGAUAUCACGGCCGCCUCGGAGAGCUAACGAAUUCGAAAGAGCAUCGAUCGACGAGGCUCUGACAUCGAGCCUCGAGAAGAAAAACGUCGAUCUUCCAACCGGGAGUAAAUUAGAGGAGGCUGAAAAGCCCGGAGACUCGAGGAGCCUUAAAAAAUUGGGCAAAUGUGGCAACAAUUUCGACAGGCUGGUCGUCAGGUCGGCCAACUUUGUAUCAAGCCUUGUGACAAUCGUUCUGACCGCUUCCUUAUUCAUCGUUGCCCUCGGCCACGAAAGCUCUCGCGUACCGAUCGACAAUAUCGCCGGGAUCGCCGAGGCCUUUGCCGGGGGUCCGGUUAAAUACAGUACUCGUAUCGUACGCACGCGAUACGGUACGUUGCGCGGUAUCGUUACCAGAGACAACGAUCUCGAAGCUUACCUCGGUGUACCUUACGCCACUCCGCCCCUCGGUGCUUUGCGUUACAUGCCACCUGUCACACCGACCCAAUGGCGAGGUGUCAAACACGCCGAUUCCAUGCCACCUGUUUGUCCCCAACGGAAAUACGAUUCUAUCGAUUCGUCGUCCGCCAGCACGAGGAGCGACGAUUUUUUACCCUUCGUACGCUCCAAUCAGAGCGAGGAUUGCCUCUAUCUCAAUCUUUACGUGCCACGAACCAAUCGAGGUAACGGUACGGAAUUGCUGCCAGCGUUACUUCUCGUUCACGGUGAAUCUUAUUCGUGGGGAGAAGGAAAUUCCCUAGUCGGCACUGCCCUAGCCUCUCACGGACGUCUAGUCGUCGUAUCCAUUAAUUUUCGUCUCGGAAUACUCGGUUUUUUGAAAACUGGUUCAAAGGGCAGCGGUCAAGGAAAUUACGGGCUGAUGGAUCUGGUCGCGGGUUUGCAUUGGCUUCGUGAAAAUUUGGAAGCUUUUGGCGGCGAUCCACAACGACUGAGCGUACUUGGCCACGGGACCGGUGCAGCUCUCGCUAAUUUUUUAGCCGUUUCACCGAUGGCCAAAGAACUUGUCGAGAGGGUCGUACUUUUGGGUGGUUCGGCCCUUUCGCCUUGGGCCAUUCAGAGGGAUCCUCUUGCCGUAAAGCGACGCGUAGCCGAGCAGACCGGAUGUCCGAGCGACGUCGAGGCCGACGACAUCGCCGCUUGUCUUCGACUUCGGAGUCUCGACGAACUUCUCCAAGUUCGUCUCGAUUCGCCGAGAUUCACCGCCGGAUUCGCACCUUUCGUCGACGGCACCGUUUUGCCGCUGACUUCCGGUGGGAAUAUUCAACCGACGGUGGGCUCGUCGGGUUUGUAUCCAAUCGCGCCUGGGCCCGGAUUCGAGUUUGCAUCCUUCGGGAAUCGUCAUCUCAUAAUGGGCCUGACUUCGGACGAGGCGUGGCUCGACCUCAGCGACGAGGACAUACGGAGCGGGUUGAACGAGACCCGGAGAGAUCGAAUAUUGCGUACGUACGUGCGCAACACUUAUCGAUAUCACCUGCACGAGAUAUACUCGACGCUGAGAAACGAGUACACGGAUUGGGAGAGAGGCGAGCAGAGCCCAGCGGGGAUGCGGGAGGCUCUGCUCGCGUUGUUGGGGGACGGACAAGUGGCCGCUCCGUUGUUGAGGCUCGCGUUGCUGCAUUCGUCCUCGGGUGCGCGGGGUUACUUUUUGCAUUUCCAGCCGGGAGAUCGUCCGAGCCGGAAGGGCGAGGAAUUGCCUUACUUCCUUGGGAUACCGAUGCUGAGGAACGAGGCCGCUAAUUCCCCGUCGAUCGCCCCGGUUUCGGGCAACUACACGACCAACGAUGAGCACUUGUCGAGGCUGCUCGUCCGAUAUCUCGCCAAUUUUAUCUGGCACGGCGAUCCGAACGACAACGGUCCCGAGAGCCCGCCCUUCUGGGACGCGUACGACUCGAUAAAUCAAUAUUAUCUCGAAGUCGGGGCUUCCACGAGCAAAAUGAGAUCGCAUUAUCGCGGUCACAAGAUGUCACUGUGGCUGAAUCUUCUGCCGCAGUUGCAUCGGCCCGGUUACGAGAUAAGCAUGAGACAUCAUCAUUUGGCCGAGAGUCCGAGUCUCUACGAAGGAGCCGUUCGCCCCCAGACGAUGGUCGUCCCAAUCCCGGCUCCACCCUUGACCAUUCCAUCGCCCACCGAAGCCUCCAUGUCGCCGCUUCCGGUUUUAACGACCGAAUGCGCCCCCAACGAGAUCGGACCGAAUACAGCCAAGACCGCGUCCACUUCCGCCGGCGUCUUCGAAGACGACAUCGACUCGAGAUUAGGACCGGGCCCGAACAACCUUCUUCGAAAAUUCGCCUCGAAUCAUUAUCAGAGCUAUACCACCGCCCUCACCGUCACCAUCGCCGUCGGCAUCUUUCUUCUCCUCCUCAACAUUCUCAUUUUCGCUGGGAUUUAUCAUCAGAGAGAUCGAAACGCUGCUGCAGCCGCAGCCAGCACCGGUUCCGCGUAUCGGAUCGGGAAAAAAGAAGAUUCUCUGGAAGCCGGUUGUUCGGGGCUGGAUCUCGCCCCGAGCAAGUCAAGACUCUCGGCGUCCCUCGUCAGCUCGGAUUCUCCGCCGAUGUCGUCCAGUCCGCCGAUCCACAAGCAGAAAUUAGUUCAGCAAUUGGAGUUGGAGCUCCAGGAGUUCCAAUGCUCGCCGCCGCCCGGAGGGACCAUCGGCGGAGCCGGCAAGAGGAUCUCGACGAUAGAUCCACCGACGUACGGUUGGCCGGAUCCCCCGCGAACGCCUUCGCCCUGCGUCGACGUCGCGGCCGGGAACAACGCCGACGAGGACGACGACGAUGACGACGACGACGAGGACGACGCGGAGGAGGAGGACGACGACGACGACGACGACGACGACGACCUGGAGGAGAAUCUCCCCGAACCACCCCCGCCUCCCAAAGCCCCUGCCCCGAACGUCGCGGCUUGCCCUGGAAUUUUGCGUCAGCCCGGCACACCCGGAAGUGCCAAAAAACGCGUUCAGAUUCAGGAGAUUUCGGUUUAAUCCUCCGAGGAACUUUUCGAGCUCCGAACCCUCCGAGUUUCGCCAACUUGUUUCAAACGAUCUUCAAACUUAUCGAUAUCAAUUCGAUAUCAUCGCCAGGUUCAACCCCACGGUGGUACUAGCCAUUUUUUUCCAUCCCUAUAGCCCCGGAACAGCGCUCGUGCGGUGUCGAAAAUAAAAGAAAAACAUUACACAAGAGACUAGAAUUCUAGUUUUUCCAACUGCGAAGAUGAGAAAUAUCGUUCGUGACUCGUGAGCGCGCCUUAAAAGUGCUUUUGAGAAUGUGGGACAUUGACGAGUGGUGCAGACGCUACGAGGGAUUGAAGAGAGCUCAGGUAGAGCCGAGAUAUUAUAUUAUUAUUAUCAUUAUUAUUAUUAUUAUUAACAUUAUUGAUAUUACAAUUGAAUAAGUGAUUCCCAGCCUAAUGGGGAAUUAUAAUAUACUCGAGGAAUUGCCCAAUUAUGAUGGUAGAACGGUUCGACGAAGUUGUGAGAAACAAAAAACAAAAUAAACAUGAAAGAAAUGUUGAA